GCGCUAUUAUUUUAAUUAAAAAACUCUCCUCUCCUGCAUUUUCAAAUCUAUUCAUCUCUCCUCUCUAUUGGCUUUCAUUUCCUUACAAAUUCAUCAAUUUCGAUUCACAAAUAUAGGGUUUCGAAAUCCAAGUGCCUUUACUCGGGACCUAUGUCCGCAUCGACGGUGUCGAUCACGGCGAAUACAGCGGCUCGGCGGAGACCGGUUGUUGUCGGCGAGAAGAAGUCCAAUCUAGAACUCUUCCCCAACGAGGCACAAGUAAAUGGAGGCGGCGGUCACGACAGGGUUGCCGCAGUCACUGCUGCCAAUAGCAAAGAUCUGAGCCACCACUCAAUCAGAGGCGAGCCCGUCGCGCAGGUGAAAAAGUCUCUGCCUAAUUCUACCGUAUCACCGCGCCGAACUCGCAAGGUCGCCAUUGCGAGGCCUGAUAAACCGUUGUGGCUGAGGGUAGUGAGUGUGUUCACCAAGAAUUUCGUUCUAUUUUUGAUACUUGUCGGAUUGGUGCAGUUGGUUAGGAAACUGGCCUUUAAAUCUGAGGAUCCUGUGUCGGGGACGCAGAUGGGAUUAUCUGAACUAGAAGGGAGAAUUACGGAAGUAGAGAGGACAAUGAAGACCACAUCGAGAAUGCUUCAGGGGCAAGUGGAGAUUGUCGACAAGAAGAUCGAGAAUGAAGUUGGAGGACUGAGAAGGGAAGUAAACGAGAAGAUUGAGGACAAUGGUAUAUCUUUUGAAAGUGAGUUGAAGAAACUUGCGGCGAAGAGUGAAGUAAUGGAGGGGUUAUUGAGAGAAUUGAACUUGGCUGAUUGGUUAUCGAAGGAAGAGUUUGAGCAGUUUAUUGAGGAGUCGAGGAAAGGGAAGGUCGGUGAUGAAAAUAGUGUAAGUCUGGAUGAUUUGAGGGCUUAUACAAGGGAUUUGGUUGUUAAAGAGAUUGAGAAGCACGCGGCAGAUGGGCUUGGGUUGGUCGACUAUGCACUGGCCUCUGGUGGGGCGACGGUUGUUAAGCACUCGGAAGCUAUUCUGGAUGGGAGUCGAGGAAAUUGGUUAACAUUGCUUAAUAGAAAUUCUGUUCACAAGGAUGCAGAGAAGAUGCUGAAACCAAGUUUUGGUGAGCCAGGGCAGUGUUUUCCGUUGAAAGGAAGUAGCGGGUUCGUUCAGAUUAGGCUGCGAAGUGCUAUUGUACCUGAGGCGGUCACAUUGGAACAUGUUGCAAAGAAUGUUGCAUACGACAGAUCAAGCGCACCAAAAGACUGCCGGGUGUCUGGGUGGCUGCACGGUGCUGGUCUUAGUACAGCAGAGGGUGCUGAGAAGAUGUUUCUAUUGACAGAAUUUACAUACGACUUGGAGAAGAGCAAUGCUCAGACCUUCAACAUAUUGGACUCAGCAGCCUCUGGUAUGAUUGACACGGUCAGAUUCGAGUUCACAUCUAACCAUGGUCACGACAGUUUUACUUGCAUCUAUCGCUUGAGGAUGCAUGGUCAUGAGCCUGAAUCAGUUUCCAUGAUACCCGCGCUGGCAUGAUAGAGCGUAUGAAAAUAUGCACUGCACUUGUAAUUGUGUAUGCUUUUAUUUAUUCUUCGCUUAGCUACCCCCCUCUGUUGCUUAAUAGCUUUGUAGUUGCUAGAUGCAGAGUCUAUCUGUACCCGUGUGAUUAGAGAUCUACUUACUCAACAUGUGAGAUUUUUCUUCACGAUCACUAAGCUCCUCCUUUUUUUAGAUUGAUUUCAUUGUAUUUGAUUGGUGUAAAUGAAUUUGGACCCAGUAGCCCACAAAAUUCAAUUAUUAUUGAGACUUGAAUUUGGGUA